UCUCCGGGAUUUGCUUGCUGGUCGCCGCCCGCCGCCUCGCGGACACACUGGGGUCUGUGGGCCAGUGGAAGCGCUCCCUGCGGAGUCUGGCCGGACCCGAGAGUUGGCUCCGAAGUUUCGAGGGUUCUACGUCGCCAGGGAGCGGCUUUAGAGCCGAGCCGCCCGGGAAACGUUUUUCCGUACAACCACAUGGCGGCGCCCGUUGACUCUUAGAGGAGAAAUCUGUUUUGCUUUGCCCUGAGAGUGGAGGCUUGCAGAGCCUUUGGCGGAAAAGAAUGUCUGUGGUACACCAGUUGUCACCUGGGUGGUUACUAGAUCAUCUUUCUUUCCUUAACAAGAUAAACUAUCAAAUUCACAAGCCUCAUGAGCCUUGUUGCAGUAAAAAUGAGUCCACUUCUCUCCACUUGGCUUCUCUUCAAAUGGAUUCUAUGUCUUCGUUUGGAGCCUCUGCUGCAUUUAUUGCUUCUGACUCUACUGCUAAGCCACAGAAUGAUAUUGGAGGAAAUUGUGAAAUGUUCACACAGAAAUACAUUUUUCGAUCUGAACUAUUUAAUAUCACCAAACCUUAUAUAACUCCAGCUAUUCACAAAGAAUACCAACAAAGUAAUGAGAAGGAAGAUCUAAAGAAUGAUAUUAAAAAGGAGAACUCCACUUCUAUUAUUGGGAAGAAGCGCAAAAGAUGUGUUACUUUCAAUCAAGGUGAAUUGGAUGCUAUGGAAUACCAUACAAAGGUCAGGGAGCUGAUUUUGGAUGGAUCUUUACAGUUAAUCCAAGAGGGUCUCAAAAGUGGUUUUCUUCAUCCACUAUCUGAAAAUCAGGACAAGUGUAGUGAGCCUGUCACUUUGCCACCUGAUACCUGCAGUUUGUCAGGACUAUGUGCAAUGGCAAAGAAUUUGCCUUUAUUCAGUGAAACUGAGCUUCAGACAUUACAAUUGAUGGAUGAUGACAUGUCUGUUACAGAGAAGGAUUUAUUUUCACGGCUUGUUGAAAACAGCUCUAGAUUUACAAGAAUGAUUACUUUAAUGGGACAGAAGUACUUGCUGCCACCAAAAAGUAGUUUUCUUUUGUCUGACAUUUCUUAUAUGAAACCACUUCUGAACUGUAGGAAAACAUUUGAUGUGAUUGUGAUAGAUCCACCAUGGCAAAACAAGUCAGUUAAAAGAAGUCACAAAUACAGUUAUUUAUCACCACAAGAAAUAAAGCAAAUACCUGUCCCUGAACUGGCUGCUCCAAACUGUCUUGUUAUUACUUGGGUGACCAACAGACAGAAGCAUCUACGGUUUGUAAAGGAAGAGCUCUAUCCUUUUUGGUCUGUGGAGAUAGUUGCCGAAUGGCACUGGGUAAAAAUCACCAAUACAGGAGAAUUUGUGUUCCCAUUAGAUUCUCCACACAAAAAACCUUAUGAAGUUCUUAUAUUGGGAAGAAUUCAAGAAAAAGCUACUUUAUCAUUAAGGAAUACAGAUGUGAAAGUGCUCCCCAUUCCAGAUCACAAAUUAAUUGUCAGUGUGCCUUGUAUUCUACAUUCACAUAAGCCACCUCUUACUGAGGUCCUCAAAGACUACAUCAAACCAGAUGCAGAAUGUUUGGAAUUGUUUGCUCGGAACUUACAGCCAGGUUGGACUAGUUGGGGCAAUGAAGUUCUCAAGUUUCAGCACGUGGAUUAUUUUAUUGCUCUGCAGUCUGGAUGCUGACUAUGAUCUUAGUUAAAGUAGUGGUUUCGUGAGUGUUUCCUCACCCUUCUCCUUUCAUUCUAAUUGAUUUUUCCUUUUAUUACCAACCAGCGUGUUAAAAAAUAUACUAGGAGUUGGUUUUCAGCAAAGUGGUCAGGUAUGACUAUUGUUCAUGUGUUUUUGAGAUGAAGUUAACUUUGAUUGUAUUAAUGCUCCAUGUUGUUCUAGCCUCUAUAUAAAGAAAAAAAUUGAAAGAGGGCAAGACUACACUGUUGAGUAAGUUCAGAAAGCAUCUACUGUGGACCAGAGGGAUCACAAUCUAAGGACGUGUUGGGUUUGGCUCGUCCAGUGUUGUUCCAAAAAAAAAAAAAAAUUAAUAAAAAAAAGAAAAAGUUGAGCCCUAAUUAAAAAAAUAAACAGAAUGUUUCACAUGAAAGUUCAGAUUUCUGCUUCUUGAACAUCAGAAACUCAGGUUACACUGAGCUCUGUGUUCAUUCCUGGCACCUGCAGGACAGCAGUAGUAGGGCACUUGGGGUGGCUACUUGCUGUCCAGUUUUGCACAGUAUUACUUCUUCCAUGCUGCUCACUUGGAUUCUCUACUUGACCCUGUAUGACCCAUAUUUGUACCUCUGGUAUACUAUUACAUUCUUGAAAAAGUGUAAUGACCUAGCAAGUACUAUGCCAGUGUGUUAAUGUUUAUAUAACAGUUUUAUAGGGUUUUCAAAUAGUAUUCAAGGUCACUU